AUGUUUAUUAAUGAUAGAUUUGCACAAAAUGUCAAUUUAUUGAUUCACAAUAAUAAUGAAGUUAACGAUGAUAAUGGGGAACUGGUUAAUCAUAUAAGUGAAGACGAUGAUGAAGGUGAUGAUAAUGAUGAUAAGGAUGAUGAAACAAUGAAUAAUACUGGAGAACGGUGUGAAAAUACUACUAGUAAUAAUAAUAACGGAAGACAUCGUUCUAUGCAGUUAGAUGAGUUUAAAAAUACAGUGUUACAUAGUGAUCAUGAAAAUGAUUACAAUGAAAUUAAUUCUUCAUCUUCACAAGAUAGAUUUAUUCAUUUAUUACAUCAAUCUCAUUCAUUCGAAUCACCAAUACAGACAAGUUGCUGUGAAAUGCCAACUAGUGAAGUAUCAUCACAAAGAAGUAUAGUUGAUGAUGAAGGAGAUGAUGUCGAAGUGGAUGAUGAUGACGAUGAUGAUGAUGUUGAUGAUGACGAAAGUAUGACUGGUCAAUGUGGAAUAAAUCAUCGUCAACAUCAUUUAACUAGUGGUAUUGAAAGUAGCUUAAGUUGUGGUGGUCCUGGUGUAGUAGUGGAAUUAACCUCAAUACAAAUAGUGGAAAUAAUAAUGGUGGUGGUGCAAAACGUCGUGGUCCACGUACAACAAUUAAAGCAAAACAAUUAG